GCAUGGGCCCGGGCGUGGUCGGUUUUUGCGCGCUGGCAGGUUGGUCCUGACCACGACGACCGACGUUGACUUCGCGAUCUUCUGCAGUGAUCCUCACGCCCCGAAGCCACCGAUAGUAAUCUGCACACCCUCCUGUCGCGGACGCGCCCGACCUUCCGAUCGACGUGCUCCAAGCUUCCUUCGACGCGUUUUCCUCGAUCUCCAGCCAUAAUGGACGCCUCCUCCUCCAGCGAGUCAAGCACCUGGUCUUCGUCAGACGCGCACUCCGCAUGGUCUCCUUCUCCCUCAAAGUGGUCUCCCUCGCCCUCGAAGUGGGCCCCGUCCCCCUCGAAGUGGGCCCCUCGAUCACCGUCCUCGGACGCGUACUCUCCUCUCACGUCCCCGACCCGGUUGACCGAUUCGCCCUCCCGCUUCACGGACUCUCCCACGUCUUCGCCCAACAUGAUCUCCCUCGACCCGCCCGGGUACCUCACGCCCGUCGAAGACGCGGACCAGGCGAGCGUCGUGCUGUCCGCCGCGUCGCACCGGUUGAGGCCCUACGCGUCCUCCGACCCCGAGCUCGCGCGGCUCGUCUACCUCUUGCAAGUCGUGCAACAACAGCUCGUCGACAACAGCUUCAAGUGCAGCGUGGAUGAGGAACUGGGCGUCAACCUCCCCGCUCUCCUCCACUCCAUCUCCCGCAACUUCACCCCGCGCCUCCAGAACGUCUCCCGCUUCAAGAAGUUCCUCGCCGCGACGCGCAUUAUGGAGAGCCUGGAGGACUACGCGUUGUAUCUGGCGAGUGUGCGGCUGGCGCCGGAUCGCACCUCCUUCGAGAUGCACGCCGCGCGCUACAAGCCGCCGCGUAGCCUCAGCCCAAGCAGCUCCAUGUCGGGAGGGUCAAGUUCAAUACCUGCAGGCUCACGGUUGGGCGGCUUGACAUCGGGCGGCUCGACCUUCUCGGGCUCGCGUCGGCACGUCACGUUCGGCGGCAGUCGAGUACAUGAUUCGUCCAUGGACCACUCGUAUUCGGGGACGAUGAGGUCGGGGAGCUCGGGCACCUCGACGGACGACUCAUGGACCUCCUCGACUCGCCAACUCGCCUUCCCCUACCGCGAAUUGUCCGUGAAGCUGCAACCACACGAGGCGACGGAGAAAUACCGGUCAAAGGGGUCGGCGCAUAGUGGGAGAAGGUCGACGUCGUCGAGGAGGAGGAAGGACUCGAUAGACAAUUAUCGAACGCCCGGCCUCGCAGAGUUAUAUGUCGACCCGGACUGGUUCUAGCCGAUGUUGACAAAAGCUUCGGUCGAAACUCGACCGCUGUGUUGCUCAAGCGUCGGCGGUCAUCGCCCGCCUCUUGGCGUCUCAAGCCAACUCACCCCUCCCGCCCAUCAUAACCAUCUCAUCCACCUUUGACGCCAUACACGUCCCUUCACGUUCUUGUUUACAUCCUUUCUUUUCCACUACACCCCUUAUUCAUUUACCACGUCGGUUACCUUUUCUCAUGCGGGAUUUUCAUGCUCGCUUGUACCACUGCUCGAUUAUACCGCGCACCGCCUUCACCUUCGUGUACAACCUCACGCACACCUUCUCCACCAUUACAUUCGUACCUUACCCUGUCCUCCUUGUUGUCGAGUCGCUUGUAUCCUAUGUAGUCACUGAACACUGUUAGUCGCUGUC